AGCUCUUUUUGAUUUUCUGUGUCACGGGGUAUUUUAAAGAGAGAGAAAAAAAAUUGUUUUAAGUCACUGGAAGGUGUGGAGAGGGUAUUUCAUUUAAGAAACAGUGUUGGAGUUUAUUGUCACUAUGAGCGGACCUUUGGUUCUCCUUAUGUGGAUGGUUUUAGUUUUGGUUAUAACCGGAGUCGCGAGGGCUCAGGUCUCUACUGCCAAAGUCUUGAGGGGCAACAUCAGAAGAGACGACUUGUACCGCAAAGAGGAAAACAUCACGGUAACACCGUUGGGUGGAGUCAUCCACAGCCCACGCUACCCCAACGCUUACCCCCGCAACCUGCUGUUGUCAUGGAAACUGCUGUCACCGCCAGGAAGCCAAAUACACCUGGAGUUUGACGGACACUUUGGCCUGGAGGAGCCUGAGAACGGAGCGUGCAGGUAUGACUUUGUUGAAGUGGAGGACCAAUCGGAGACCAGCACUAUAAUUUGGGGUCGUUGGUGUGGGCAGAAGGCACCGCCUAGCCUCAACUCCAAAACCAACAUGCUCAGAGUCACCUUCAAGUCUGAUGAUUACUUUGUUGCAAAGCCUGGAUUCAAAAUCUACUACUCGCUGCUGUAUGACUCUCCUCUGCCUGCAUCCAACAGCAACUGGGAGGCCAUCACUAUGCCCAUUGGUGGCGGGCAGGUGUCCGUGGCAGCCACACAGGUUCCUUUCUCCUUGGAGGAUUUGGACCGGACCAUAGCUGCCUUUGACACUAUAGAACAACUUCUCAAAUCGCUGAACCCAGAGACCUGGAGACAGGACCUGGACAGCAUCUACACUCAAACUCACAUACAUUAUAGAUCCAGGGCCUAUCAUCUGGCAAGCAGGCAUAAUAAAGUUGAUCUGAACCGUCUCUAUGAAGACGUCAAGCGCUACAGUUGUACCCCUCGCAACUACUCCGUAAACCUGCGUGAGGAGCUGAGGGCCACCAACGCUGUCUUCUUCCCUCGAUGUCUGCUGGUCAAACGCUGCGGAGGCAACUGUGGCUGCGGAACCGAUAACUGGAACAACGGCUGCACUUGUCAGGCUGCCAAGACAACACAAAAACUACAUGAGGUGCUGAAGUACGCCCCAGAGGUCACUCCGUAUCAGCGCCAGCGGAGGCCACGGGUGCGCUGGGUCAUAGAUGAGAUCUUCCUCACACACCAUGAAACGUGUGAGUGUGCGUGUCCCUCUCAGCCCCCUCGCUGA